AUGGAAUCCAUUGUCCUCAACAACCCCAGUCAAUGGCCAACCUGGUAUAAGGUUUUCCAGGGUAAAGCCACCGACUUGGACGUCUGGGAGCAAGUGGAUCCCGGCGCCGAAAACCCCGAGAAGCGGAUGCCGAAGCCGGAGCCUCCGGCCUUCUCCGACUACAAGAAGAAAGGAAUACCGCGACAUACCCGCGGAUCAAUCAUCGAGGUGUUACAGACACCAGAUAUCGAAGAACUCCGGAGCGACUAUAACCAUGAUAUCCGUAUCUACGAGCGUGAAGCGGCUGCUCUACGAGAGCUCCGCAACUGGGUCCUAUCGACAGCAGCCGAGAAGUACGUCAAUGCAUGCUGUAAACCUACGGAGACCCUCCAAGCCUGGAUGGUCAAGCUGAAGGGCGUGGCCUCGAUCUCGAACAAUAAACAAAAGAGCGCCGCGCGUGAGGAGUACGAGAAGACCGUCAAGCAAGCGGCUACAAAGCGGAUAACCACGAAGGCCGAGAUCGAGAACUGGCUCGAGCAAUGGGAGGCCGCAAUGUUGAAGGGACAAGAGACCGCUAUUUCUGCGUUCCACGCCACGUUCGAGGCGAAGUUCCACGAGUCGGACAACCCCUCGAUCAGCGAGAUCUCUGCGGAAGUACGACGAUAUAUACGAAUCCACGCAGAUACCCUAUCGACAGGACCAAGAGCCUCAAGAGGUGCCUUUGCCACAACAAGAGAAGGACCCAAGGAGACCAUGCCUCGGAGUACAACUAAGAAGCGACAUAGGGCCGCCGAUUCGCGGACCCAAAACGAGAUGCCAACGUGUCACGGAUGUGAUCUGCCACGACACCUACUUGCCAACUGCUUCUACUGCUUCCCAGAGGAAGCGUAUGAAGGAUGGAGGCCCAGCAACGACAUCAUGAAGAAGGUCACCGAGCGUCUCAAGGCCGAUGACGACCUCGCGGACCGCGUGAAGAAGAUCCGAUUCGUCACGCAGGCGAAGCAGCGCCACACAUCGUUUACACCGCGCAAAAGACUCGCAGGAAGACCGUUCAGAUGGCACCAGAGACUGGGUCACCCGGGCGAGGGGGUGCUGGAGCACCUCGUCAACGCCUCUCGAGGCGUGAAGAUCAUGGGUGACCUACGCAACAAGCUGCCUGACUGCUCAGCGUGUGGAAAAGGGAAGACAAGACGAAUUGUUCGACGUGCCCCACGCGAGUCUAUAGCGUGGGCAAAACCAGGAUCAAGAGUGGCGUUCGACUUUCACUCGAUUAGCCCUCAAGGAUACGGAGGCUAUAUGUCUACGGUAAUACUCUCUGACCGACUAACAGGAUACUCGUGGGACUACUACCUUAAGGACCGUACAACAGAGACGCUCCUCGAGGUAUUCGAUCUCUUCAUGGCCAUGAUGAAGACGCAAUAUAAUAUACAGGUCAAAGUCUUCGAAUGUGACCGCGAGGUUGCAACGAUUCAUCAGCAAGUCGCCACUCACCUUCAAUCUCAAGGGGUGGUCCUCGAACCCUCUGCGCCCAAUACGCAGGCCCAGAACGGAGGCGCCGAGCGAAUCGCAGCAGUUAUCAAGGAGAAGGCUAGGACCCUUCGCGAGGCAGGCAAGUUCCCUGAGAUGCUGUGGCCCGAAAUCGUUGUCGCCGCGACGUAUUUAUACAACAGGACGCCGUCAGCGGCGCGCGGCUGGAAAACGCCCUUCGAACGGUUCCAUAAUCAGUUUCGCGGCCCAGAUCUCGGGAAGCCUCAUCAAGCCCACCUUCGAGCGUACGGCUGCAAAAUGUAUGCGCUCACAACAGACGCACAGCUGGGCAGGAAUAAGUCGAGAAAGCUUCAACCGAGAGGAUGGAUAGGCUACCUCAUUGGGUACAGUACUAGCAACUCCUACCGCGUGUGGAAUCCGCUUACUGCCCGCGUUAUCACAACGCGAGACGUUGUGUUCAGGGAAACCGAGUUCUUUAAUGGAGAUAUCAACGAGCUGCGGGAUGACCUCAAAGACCUCGACGUGAACGAGCUCAACGCUCUUCUCGCGCGACUAGAGGUCUCGCCCACAGGGAUAACAUCUCCAGAGUACGCACACACCGCAGACGAAGAAGUCGAUGAAGUCCAGUACAUUGAAGACGAAGAGGCACAAGAAUACACCGCACCGCCGUCGCCUAAGUACGUGGAGUCACGAUUCGAACUCAAUACACCACCGCGGACGCCACCCACCUCGUUCUUCGCAGGCCUUGAGGAGGCACUCGGAGUGAAGGGGUGGAGGAAGAGACGUGCUUCGAUCGCUCCUGAGGCGGUUCAUGCACGCGAAUCGAUCCACGAAGAGUUUCCAAUUACCACUCCGCGUACCUCCUGGCAAGCCGCUUUCCUCGGCGGCACCAGAACGGGUAGAAAACGAGUGAAGAUGAAGCAAAAGGCGAAGAACGCCGAUACCAGCCUGGAAGCGGUAGCCCGUGUCAGGUGA